AAGGCAAUGAUGGGGAGACCCUACGCUUCGAGGGUGAUCGAGGGAGAUCAAACAGCUGUUGAAGAAGCAUGAGGUAAACUAUCCUACUCAUGAUUUAGAGCUGGGAGCAGUGGUGUUUGCAUUGAAGAUAUGGAGACACUAUCUCUACGGGGAGACAUGUCACAUAUAUACUGGUCAUAAGAGCUUGAAGUAUGUGUUUACUCAGAAAGAGUUAAACAUGAGACAGAGACGGUGGAUGGAGUUGAUAAAGGACUACCAUCUAGUUAUUAAGUACCAUCCAGGUAAGGCAAACGUUGUAGCAGAUGUCCUCAGUCAGAAGAGUUCGUCUGGGGCAUUAUUGACUAGUUUGAGGGCACUGAGGGCCCAAUUGGAUGUAUCUAGUGAUGGUGCCCUAUUGGCACGAUUUGAAGUGAGACCGACCUUACUUGAUGAGAUCAAGAAGGGUCAAGAGACUGAGGCAUAACUUAUGAAGGUCCGAGAACGCAUGCAAGCGGGACCGGUGGAGGAUUUCAGGGAAAGAGAUGAUGGUCUCUUGUUAUUCCGUGACCGAGUGUGUGUACCGUCAGAUGACGAGCUCCGAAAGUCCAUCUUCGAGGAGGCUCAUUCAUCGGCUUAUGCCAUGCACCCGGGGGGCACGAAAAUGUGCCGUGAAAGAAAGUUACUGGUGGUCUGGUAUGAAGAGGGAAAUAGCUGAAUACAUCAGUCGAUGGCUUACUUGUCAGCAAGUUAAGGCAAAACAUCAGCAUCCAGCAGGCUUAUUACAACCACUUUCCAUUCCUGAAUGGAAGUGGGAACAUGUGACUAUGGAUUUCGUGGUAGGUUUACCACGGACAAUUCGGAACUAUGAUGCAGUUUGGGUUGUUGUGGAUAGGCUCACGAAGAGUGCACACUUCUUGCCUAUCAACACUACCUACCCACUCAAGAGGCGUGAGGCUACAUGGGGUUCCAGUGACCAUUAUAUCCGAUAGAGACCCACGAUUCACAUCACGUUUUUGGCCGAAAUUUCAGGAGUCUAUGGGAACGAGGUUGAAGUUCAGUACUGCUUUCCACCCACAGACGGAUAGGCAGUCUGAAAGAGUCAUACAGAUCUUAGAAGACAUGCUGAUAACCGUUUUCGCGGCGUUGUAGUAAAACGGAGUCUAACCUUUCGGUUUUCCCCCGAGUAUCGUGUCUCUUGAUGAGGAAUGGUGG